GAUUAGAAAAUCCCCGUGGUCAAAUCAAAACUCAAUUUGAUAACCGAUUUCAAUCGGAAAUAACGACACCCAAGGGAUCAAAUUUGGGCCAUUCCUUUAGUCCAAAAUGACCAAAGACGGUGUCUACAACACCCUUUUUUUCAUAGUUUACGUGUCACUUCUCCUAGGCCCACACCCAACCUAUUUCGGGAAAACGGGCCGAAAGACAGUCCUCAAAACCAACAAAUAUUGCAACUUUAUCAUACUUUUCUACCUUUCGGUUUUUGUUAUUCUGGUGUAUUACGCCUCCCUGGAUGAAACCCCGAACCCUGUGACUAACGGGAAAUUGUACAACUUUAACACUUUCGCCAAACUGCUGAUCCUGGUCGUGUCCCUAUCGGGAACGUUUGGUUUUUUCGGCACCCACAUCUUGAGUUACAUUAACAAAGCCAGUUUCAAAAAAAUCGUCAAUACGGUGGCAACGUUUGACGAGACUUGGGCCAAGCUGGGCCUGGAAAUCAACCACAAGGAGGAUUUUCGCGUUUGUUUGGUUUUCACGUUAACGGGGCCCUUUUUCACGUUCUGUAAUGUUUUGAUGGAGAUGUGGAACAUUCCGAGGGAAAACAUCGAUCCGAUUCCGCUGGUUGUGGUGCUAACGCAUCUAAUUCCGUUCAUGUUGAUUCAUCAAGGGGAGACUCAGUUUGUCGUGGCUAAUAUUAUACUUAGGCGCAGGUUUGCUCUCAUCAAUUCGAUUCUCCGAAAAUUGUAUAAAAAUAAGUAUAGAAAACUGAUUGUGGAUGGGAAGAAAAGUGAAGAACAAAUUGUUGAUAUUUGUAUCCGGAGUCACGACAAGCUGUGCGAUGUGUGCGACAGCGUUAAUAGGAUUUUUGGGUUCAUUAUAAUAAUUGGGUGUCUGAUUCAGUUUAAUACGAUCGUGUUUGCAUUUUGCUACUGCUAUUACAGCAUUUCCAUUCGGCCGAUUUCCACGCUUGGUUGGUUCUUUUGGUCACUGCUGCGCAUCUACGAACUUGCCCGGAAAGCUGCCUUUGCGCAUUUAAAUUCAAAUGAAGCCAGGGCUACUCUGAACUGGGUCUCAAAACUCAUCAUUCGUUCAAAUCCCAGUCUUGAGGAAAAAUUACAAAUUUUUGCGCUACAACUAACGCACAGAGCGCCCACAUUUACAGCACUAGGGUUGUUUCCAAUCAACGGCAGCUUCGCUUUUACUGUAAUUUUUCACUUGACUUGGAAAAACUCUGAAAAUCUAUUUCAGGUUGUGGGAGCUGCCACGACCUACAUCACGAUUAUUUACCAAUUUCAGGUCAACAAACCCACUUGUGGGCCAUAAAAAAUUAGGUUAAAAAAGUGAAUUAGCAAAAAAUUCUAGAAAAAUUACCUAAAUUAUAUUUUAGAAAUUUAGAGCGGUUUUGGAAAAAAUUACUUUAAUAUUUUUAGCAGAAAAUGCAAAAGUAGGUCUGAAAACAGUAGCUCACGUUUGCUAUCCUUCCUAGUUACAAUUCCUCAUAAAUAUUUAGAUAAAACAGCUCUGAUUUUUUAUUUUGUAAUUUUUCUGCAAAAAUAAAAACAUCGUCGGCUAACCUUGUUAUUUCCGGUUUGUUUUUAAUAAAAUUUUGCGAAACAACUUGUUUCUAUGACAAACUGUAGAAAACACAGGAAAAAGUAAAUGGAUUUAGUACUUUUCCACUAUUUUUCGGCUAAUUCCAGAGAAAACCGCGUUCGCUAGAACGCCCAAAGAAGGCAAAAAACUCAAGAAUUUCUAUCGUAUUUUACGUUUAUUUCCUUCCGACAAACACAAAUACAAAUACAAAAAAUGUCUUAUUUACAUUACAAAACAGUGCAAUAAAUAACUAUUUGUAAGAAUUAAUAAUUCUGUCCGCUUCUCUAAAUCCAGUCUCGAUGGCCCCAUGCACAGUUGAGUAAAAAUAGGGAUGUGAGGCCUCUCCUGCAAACUGUAAAAUGGGCCGUCCUUCCAGAUUUAGCACAGGCUUAGCCAACUCCAUCUCAGCUGUGAUUUUAUCUUUGCGAGCUUCGACGGUCUGAUAAGAGUAACUGCCCCGAAAAUGCGGGUUUGUGUGCCAAUAA